CCUAAUUAUUUACACGUUAUUUAUGGACAACCCUUUCAAAACUACUUCUUUUUAAAGGAGGGAAUUAAAUGCUAUGGUAUUCCAGUUAAUAUUAAUAAACUUCAUAAACUGCAAAAAGAAUAUAAAGAAUGGGAUAUAAAUACGUAUCUUCUAAAGAAUAUGCUUUAG